AUGGUUUUGUUAAUUUCCUGCACAAAAAGUGUUGAAAAUGAGAAUUUUAGUGUUUUGGAUAAACUUAAGUCGGGUCUCCAACUGGCUGGCAAGUUUCUUAAUUCCGAUCAUGCCAAAGGCGUUGCUAAUUUGGUGAGCGAAGCAUUUGAAAAGACACACAAUAAGAAUAAUAACGAUGAUAAACAAAGCAACAUAUUUUCCGGAUUCUUGAGAGUGCUCGGAUUUGACACCAAAAAAAUUGGAGCAAUCACUGUCAACGCUAUAAUAUUUGUAGCUCAACUGAUUAGUUCCGCUAUUCAACUAAAGCAACCCUCUCAACUAAUACAUGAAAGGAAGGUAGACACAGGUUCUCUUUUUGACUGGGUGAUCAGUGAUACUGACAUAGCAGACUUGCUGGACAACGCCAAAGACGAAAAACUUUCGCAAAAUAUCAUAGAGUAUGUUAAAGAAAGAAGUUUAGAUGAAGACACUGGAUGUAUUCAAUUGUUAAUAUGUAAAAGUUCUCCUUUCAUUUUGCAAAUGCAGAAGUCCAUUAAAGAAAGAAGCAGUAAUUCAUCUCUGGGGUACGGUGCGCUCUAUAAAUAUUUGCCUGCACUUGAAGAGGUGUCGGAUAAUGGCGAUGCUUGUGAAAAAAGUUACCACUAUUGCACAAUUCCUCUAUGA